CACCGCAGCCACAGCCCCCGGCCCAGAGGGCCUUCCCGCGGCGCCUCCUGGCCGGGCCGCCCGCGCGCCCCGGGCCCCUCGCGGGCAGGAGGACGGGCGCCUCCCAACUUCCUGGGAUCCCAAGAAUGCGGUGGGAGAAGUCAGACGCCCGUGUUCCGGGAGCACCGUGCACCCGUCGUGAUGACAGCCCUGAGCUCUGACGGUCCUCUUCCUGCGGACGAUGGAUGAGCAGUCGCAAGGCCUGCAGGGGCCGCCUGUCCCCCAGUUCCAGCCCCAGAAGGCCUUGCGGCCGGAUAUGGGCUACAACACGCUGGCCAACUUUCGGAUAGAGAAGAAGAUCGGCCGCGGGCAGUUCAGUGAGGUGUACCGGGCGGCCUGCCUGCUGGACGGCGUCCCGGUGGCCCUGAAGAAGGUGCAGAUAUUUGACUUAAUGGACGCCAAAGCCCGUGCCGACUGCAUCAAAGAAAUAGACCUGCUCAAGCAACUCAACCAUCCGAACGUGAUUAAAUAUUAUGCGUCAUUCAUUGAAGAUAACGAACUCAACAUAGUUUUGGAAUUAGCCGAUGCUGGUGACCUAUCCAGGAUGAUAAAGCACUUUAAGAAGCAGAAGAGGCUGAUCCCGGAGAGGACCGUGUGGAAGUACUUCGUGCAGCUGUGCAGCGCCCUGGAGCACAUGCAUUCCCGCCGCGUCAUGCACCGAGAUAUCAAACCCGCCAACGUGUUCAUCACGGCCACGGGCGUGGUCAAGCUCGGGGACCUGGGUCUCGGCCGCUUCUUCAGCUCCAAGACCACCGCGGCGCACUCCUUAGAUGGCCGCCCUGCAGAGCCCCUUCUACGGCGACAAGAUGAACCUGUACUCGCUGUGCAAGAAGAUCGAGCAGUGCGACUACCCGCCGCUGCCUUCCGACCACUACUCGGAGGAGCUCCGGCAGCUGGUGAACAUGUGCAUCAACCCCGACCCCGAGAAGCGGCCGGACAUCGCCUACGUGUACGACGUGGCCAAGAGGAUGCACGCGUGCACCGCGAGCAGCUGAGCCGGUGCGUGGACAGCCAGCGCCCCAGAGCCUCUCCUGCAGCUCGACCCCCGGCGUCGGUCUGGGGGCGAGACGACUCCUCAGAGCUCGCGCGCUUGGAACCCUUCCCCGUUUUCAGAUCAGCUUCAUUGUACCCAUGUCAGUCGCCUUCCUGCAAACCCAGUGCCUUGGGGGUAAUCGGAUUGCAUGUUGGGAGAGGGAGCGGCACAGGAUGGCCCUCGUGGCUGAAGGUGGGAGACGCAGCGAGGUUUCUCCUGGCGGGUCGUGUGGGGACCGACUCUCAGUGCCAAACGGGCGCCCCGGGCCCUCGUCGGGGGGACGCAGCCGGAGCGGCGCUGGGGCCGCGGGCCUCCCAGCUGCGGACACGACGUGAGCCCACUGUGGACUCUGGUGGUCGUCUUCUCUUUCCAGGUUGGACUAUGUGUUUUAGUUCUUAGCAUUGUAGCUGUUGCGAUGUGAUUCUUAAGAGAGAUGUCACCGUUGGAGAAACAUUGAAACUUCUUCACAUUCAAAAGGCAACUCUGAAAUGUGAAACCGUGUGGGGACAGAAUGUGAGUCAGACACUGAAGAGUUUCCCGCCUUGUUUUGUCUUGUUUUCCCACCUUUGACGUCCUCUCCGCAUUAAAACGUAUUCACGAA